CCCUGGCUGUUGCUGUGGUUGCCUGAGUUGCUGCUGCGGCGGCGACGGCGGCGGCGGUGGAGCUGGUGGAGGUGUCGGCCCUUGGGCGGAUGUUGACAUUGUGUUGUUGUUAUUGCUGACGGUAAUGGCGGCGGCGACGGCGACGGCCGGGACCCCAUCUCCUCUGUAGCCUGAGCCGAGACGGCCAAGAGCGAACUCCGCGGCCUCCGAGCCCGCGGCAGCGACUCCCCUCAGCCUCCGCCGCCUCGCCAGCCCGAAUCCCGGCCCCGGCUCCUGGAGGCAGGCCCCUUCGGGCAGGGGGCCUCGGAGGCUCAGGAUGGCGGAUUUCGACGAGAUCUAUGAGGAGGAGGAGGACGAGGAGCGGGCCCUGGAGGAGCAGCUGCUCAAGUACUCCCCGGACCCGGUGGUGGUCCGCGGCUCCGGUCACGUCACCGUAUUUGGAUUGAGCAACAAAUUUGAAUCAGAAUUUCCUUCUUCAUUAACUGGAAAAGUAGCUCCUGAAGAAUUUAAAGCCAGCAUCAACAGAGUUAACAGUUGUCUUAAGAAGAACCUUCCUGUUAAUGUCCGUUGGCUACUUUGUGGCUGCCUUUGUUGCUGCUGCACUUUAGGUUGCAGUAUGUGGCCAGUUAUUUGCCUCAGUAAAAGAACACGAAGAUCGAUUGAGAAGUUAUUAGAAUGGGAAAACAAUAGGUUAUACCACAAGCUGUGCUUGCACUGGAGACUGAGCAAAAGGAAAUGUGAAACGAAUAACAUGAUGGAAUAUGUCAUCCUCAUAGAAUUUUUACCAAAGACACCGAUUUUUCGACCAGAUUAGCAUUUACUUUAUUUAUAGAGACUUUCCAAGUAUGUUGUCUUUCCAAUGGUGCCUUGCUUGGUGCUCUCCUGGUGGUGACAUAACAUUGGUUCUACAGAAUCGUGUGGUGUUUUUCUCUGUUGUUGUUUUUUUUUUUUAGUAACCGCAUGUUCUAAGUGUGCAUUUUUGUCAAACUUUGCAACAGUUAUUUCAUACAGAUGUUUAAUACUUAAGUUAUUGUGCUCUUUUCUGUUAUGUAUUCUGAUUUUCAAGGAUUACUUUUUUGUAUUAUCAAAAAAAUACAUUUGAACUUAGCAUAAAAAGUGGCCAGCCUUUUUUAUUUUAUCACCAAGGUACACACAAUCCUUUAUUUAUUAAUUCCUUAAUAUAGAAAAACACCUUUGUAAGGCUCUUGUUAUCUAUUCUAGGAAGCACACUCUUUGUAUUAUUCUUUUUCCUUUUAAAAUUUAACGUAGUCAUUAUUUUAAAAUAGUAAGUUUUCUUUAAUAGCUUUUUGGAACCUAACAUAUCCUUUCUCAUACAAUUCCUAAUGCUCAUUUUACAGCAGAAAUAUCUGUAACAUUAUGAAGACCUAUCAAAAAGUUUUGAAAGUCUUCCUGUCUUCAAAGGUAGUAAGGCAGGAUUAAAUUAUUUUUAUUAGGAUAGACAAAUUGAUGAAUGAUAUGCAUGCAUCUAAUGGUUACUAGAGCUCAGGAUCACAAAAUAUAGUAGCAUUACAAUCUGUGUAUAUUUUUGAUCAAGAUGAUGUUAAUAAUGGCCUUGGGUUAUUUUUUAUUGUUUAUCAAAUCUUAUAUACAAAAGUAUGGAAAUAUUCCUUUUGAAAAUUUCUAAGGAAAAUAUUUCUCCCAAUGUAACACAAUUGUAAAAUGGAUAUAUGUUUCUGAAAAGUUUUUGAAAGAAAGCAAAAGUCCUAGAAUUAAAAGUAAGCAGGUGUUUAACACCCCCAUUGAUAUUUAGAACAGAUCAUUACUAAGAAUUGGAGGACAUAUUUAGUACUGUUUUUAUCCACUAGUUUUCUUUCAGUUCAGUUAUGUAUACUUUUUUGAUUGAGAGUUUGACAUAUAAGUUCGAAUCUGAUCAGCUUAUUUCUUUUAAAUGUAUACAAACAUACAUUUCUUUUUUCUCCUUUUGGUUGUACAUAUCUCCAUGCAUUUUAAAACUUUCUAAAUUUCUGAAUGGCCUAUGUGUAAAUUUUUGUUUUUAUAAACCUGAAAUUAUACAAGUUUUAAUGUGUGUCAAGAACUUGUUCCAUACAACUGUGGUAUCGAGCAAUAAUGUGAAUAACUUUUGAAAUUAUAUGAACUAUGCUUAAUAAUUUGUAUUAAGAAUUGGUACCACUAUAUAAUACCUUUUUUUCCUUGUAUUAAAUCUUUUAAAUACC